GGGUAGGAUCAGACAGACAGGUAGAUCUGGGAAGCGGUGCGCUUUUAAAAGACCCAUCAACAGUCGUCGCGGCGUUAGUAUCUCUCCGCUCUUGAUAUGCCUGUGUUGUCUCUUGUGACCUGAGGAAUAUUCCCCCCAUACACAAAACUCUCCGGCACUCAACCAUCUCCGCAGUCCUCUCUCAGGCUCCGACACAACAAAACCCGGACCUGAGACUUUAUCGAACACUUUCACUAGAGUGGUUGUUGUUUUGGUUAGGAAUAGCGCGGCGGCCAGAAGACCUGGUUAUUACAUCUAUUUCCCUCUGCUGCUACUUUUAUGUUGUUUUAUUUACUGCUCAGCCCUAGUUUUUAAGGCAAGCAGCUACGAGCUCUCUCUCUCUCUGUCUAAAAGAGAAAAGAAACCUCCUCAACCCAACCGGCUUGCUUUCGACGGUCCAGCUGAUUCCUGGGGAAAUAGGUUACGUGCGUUAACGGCUCGUUGCUUCGCUCUCUCUCUCACUAUCUGUCUUUCUCGCUCGGUCUCUAGGCCAGUGGUGGUUCGGAUUCACUUUUAUUCACAUCGACUCUCGCAGGUAGUUGUCCUGCUUUAAAGCUCACUCGUCUUCGGCACGAGGAACCCUUGCACCAAGAAGGUGCCUCCACGCAUUCUGAUUCAUUCAAACGGGCGCCCUUUGCGUUACAGAUACCGACUGAUUUAACGGUAAUAUUCCUCAGGAUUGCAAAUUUUUCUAAUUCGACAGGAUCUCAAGAAGGAGAGACAGAAUGGUGCCGAUGCUCUUGUUGAUGGUGAUCGUAGCCACGGUCUGGGCACAGGAAAGUCCGGUGUACCCCGAUGGCUCAAUCCGUUUGGUUGGUGGCAGGAACCCGACCGAAGGCAAUGUGGAAGUACAUUACAGAGGACGAUGGGGUUCCAUCUGCGACGACGAGUGGGACAUCCGAGAGGCCUAUAUCGUCUGCAAAAUGUUAGGAUACAACAGGGCAGUGAGGGCCACCUUUAACUCACAGUUUGGAAGAGGAAGGGAUCUUAUUUGGAUGGACAACAUGUUCUGCACUGGCAGGGAGUUCAGACUUGACAGGUGCAGGUUUGACGGCUGGGGUGUACACGACUGUAAUCACGCUGAAGCAGCAGGUGUUGUAUGUGAUGGACAGAGGGCUAGAGCUAUUGCGCAAGGUACACCGGAAGUGUCACCAAAUGCUAUACCGGCAGCAGCAGAGAAGACAGUUAUCAGGCUGGUAACUGAAAAAGAUUUGACUAUUCGAUUAGUUGGUGGCAGAACGACAACAGAAGGCCGAGUCGAAGUGCGCAUGCCCCAAGGUUGGGGUCUCAUUUGUGGUGACGGCUGGAGCAUUAUGGAAGCUAAUGUUGUUUGCAACCAGUUAAGACUGGGCCAUGCCAAAGCCUCAGUACAGAGCGGAACCUACGGUGGUCACCACAAGAAUAUGUUCUUGAGUGGUGUGAAAUGCAAGGGUAGUGAACACAAUGUUGCAGAUUGCGUACAUGACAAGAUGGGACAAGUGUUCUGCCCAGGCGAAGAAAAUAUAGCUGGAGUUGUUUGCUCAGCAGCUUUGCCUGAUUUAGUUGUGGAUGAAAAGGAAAUCGAAAGGACAUCUUACAUCGAUAACAUUCCAAUGGCCAAUUUGCAAUGUGCUUUGGAAGAAAACUGUUUAUCUUCUAGCGCCUACGAUAGAACUCGACCAGGAUGGCAAUUCCUUCAAAGAAGAGUUCUCCGUUUCACCGCCAGGAUUGGAAACUUUGGAACUACUGAUUUCCGACCAUUUUUGCCCAAACAAUCUUGGCAAUGGCAUGCUUGCCAUUUGCACUACCACAGCAUGGAAGUCUUCGCACAUUUUGAUAUCAUUGAUUCCCGUGGCACAAAAGUGGCUGAAGGACACAAGGCCAGCUUCUGCUUGGAAGACAAUGAGUGCCACACUAACAUCCCGAAGAAGUACGCCUGCGCCAACUACGGAGAUCAGGGCAUCUCUGUGGGAUGUGUGGACACCUACCAUCAUAAUAUCGACUGCCAGUGGGUAGACAUCACGGACCUUCGACCAGGAACCUACUACUUCAAGGUAUCCGUAAACCCUGAAUUGAAAGUUUCAGAACUUUCCUAUGACAACAACGCCGCCACCUGCAUCGUUCACUUCGAUUACGUCUCUGCACAAGUCUACAACUGCACACUUGGAAGACCUUAAGAUAUCCCAACACAUCAAGGAUCCUAACCGGAAUUUAAUAACCCGUCAGUUAAGGCGGGAACACAGCAUUACUGACUGAAAAAUGAACUUAAGACUCACUGAACAUUUGCGUCUGAACUGCAGCAACUGUCUGAGUUCCCACGUAGCAGCACGAGUACAAAGGGCCUGGAAUGUACCAGCCCUAUUGGCAAACUGUUCCCUAUUCACUGAACCAAAUUCAGCGUUGUAUUUAUGAAAGUGAUAUCAUAUGUGUCAAAAUUAAGUGAUGAUAGUCGAAUCAGAAGCUAUAAUCCUUAUUUUUUUCAUUUAAGCUUCGAUACGUAUUUAUGUUUUUGUUGUUGGUGCUGCUGACUUUGCAAGAGUGCUGUUAUUUAUGAAAAAUGUGGAAAAAAAAAUGUGUGUGGCUUACGAAUGAAAAGAUGCAUCAAACUCUUGGAAUGAACAAUUUUUGAAUGGAUGAAAAACAAUUUUUCUUUUUUUGUGUACCACUUCUGAAUUAUUUCAGAAUGAAAUGAUUUUUUUUAAAAGUUCCGAACAUAACUAACAAUCGAUUUGGUUUGAAUUGUGUUUAAAGAAGCAAAAAAAAAAAAAAAAAAAAGGAAUCCUGAUCAAGUUAAAAGUCUAGGUUUUUACUCAAAAUUAAAUAUAUUUAUAUGUAUUCAUAUUUGAGUUUGCAAUUUUAUAUCUCCCAAAAUUCUUUUCAAAAUAAAAAAAAAUUGGAGCAUUUUUAGAAGGACUCCAAUGGAAAAAUUAUUGGUAUAUUUAUGUGUUUUUUAACAACAUAUUCUGAUAAAUUCAUAUAAUAAUCAGAUAAAUAUGAUGAAUGUAUUGAAUGGCAUCAGUAAAGUUUUCAAAAGACUGAAUUGCAAACCUUGAAAAAGAAGAAAGGGAAAAAAAUAAAAGGCUAAAUAAAAAUCAAAUACCAUUUUGAAAAAAGAAUUUUAAUCAAACAGAUGAAUUAUCACAAGUAAAUCGAAUUUAGAAAACGGAAACAGAAAACGAUCAUAAUGAAAGAGGAAAGUAAUUAACGUCGCAGAAAAACUUAUGGGUCAAAUGCACACACCGUCAUUGUGUCUUCCUUUUUCUUGAUGUUUGCAAUUAACGUCUAAAAUAAUAGGCGAUAAUAAUCAACAAGUAAAGUGAACGAACUUACCUUUAUUUUUAGAUUAUGAGUUACAAAAAAAUAAUUUCCAAUCAAGAUUUCCGAAAGAAUUUUCUUACUUUCCUGUAUUCAUUCUGGUUAUCUACUGUUAUCCAUUCAUACUGACUAUGAAAGAAAUGGCGCAGUGAUUGGGACAACCUUCUUCUCAUGUACUUUAUUGUUGCGGUUGAUCUCAGAAAUCCGUCCUUUGGAUAUACUCGCAUUCUAUUCAAACUCUGUGGUGGACCAAUUUGGUGUGUUAAGAAUCAUUGGUUGUUCUCGGCGAAUUUCGUACACUCCGAGUAGUUUUGCUGCCAUUUUUUGCCAAAGACAUCGAAUUCUGCAUACGAAUUCUAUGAGUGAAUGUCGUAAUCAUAACCAUAACUAUAAUCUUACAUAGUUGAUUGAUUCCUGGUGAUAAAAAAAAUGUCUACUCAAAGAAUUAUCUUUGAACGGUGCAUCAAAAAAUGGCGGAAAUGUUUUUUUUUAUUAUUCUUUUUUACAGUUAUUUGAUUAUAUGUUUUUUAAAUGAAAUGAAACAAAAUCUAAUCCAACUGUAUUUUUGCACUUUAUUAACAAUUUUUCAGUAAAUGUUCUUUUUAAGAUAAUUGAUUGCAAAAUCGAUUUUUCAUUUAAAAAAAUCAAAAGCAAUAAAUAAAUUUAUUAGAAUUCUAUCAGUGUGUACUUAUUCUUUUACUUUUACAAUAAUAAUAUUUCAUUAAAUCUUUUAUUUUUAACUUGUGAAUUCAAAUUUAUACUUAUUUUGCAAUUAUAAUUUUACAUAAAUGAUUCAUGGUGGUGGAUAAAAGUUUAAGUAAAAAGUUAUUUUUGAAUGGCAAAUCAAAAAAUGGCGGAAAUGUUAUUCUUAUUUUUUUUUACAGUUAUUUGAUUAUGUAUUUUUUUAAGUGAAAAAAAUGUAAUUCAACUAUAUUUUUGAACUUUAUUAAUAUUUUUUCAAUAAGUAUUAUUUUUUAAGAUACUCAAUUGGAUACAUUUUCAUUAAAAAAUCAAAAGCAAGAAAUAAAAAUUCUUUGAAUUCAA